AUGCCGCCAAGAAAAGAACCGCUUCCAAAGCUGGACCUCCGUCAACUGAUUCGUGAUCAUGGUAUUCGACUUGAAGGCCCGGUGCCUCCCAAGAAGUGGCCUCCCGAACACAAGCACCAUUUUAGAGUCAUUCGCCGAAUCGAAGCUAUACGAUACGAAGAUUAUAAGGUCGACCAAACGAUACCCAAAGAGCAGCGGGCGGAUUUCAAGACCCGCGUUAAUUAUCUCAGAGAGAAAGUGUAUAAUCUGCUCGACAAUGGAAAAGCGAACGAGUCGACAUGGCGAGAGCUUGAAGUAACCAUUCUGAAGAGGUUUGACGACAGUGUUAUUUGUGAGAAAUGCCACCACGAACUGUGGAAGUCAAACUUUGAGGCAAACUUUCUACAUUCAGAUAACCAAGACAAGCUCGAGGCGAAACGACUCCAAAGGAGAUUAUGCGGCUGUAAGAUUAAACGGACCAUCUCACGGGCUGAGAACGAGUAUUUUCCCUCUUCUCUCCAGUGCAUGUACCGCGCUGAUAUAAGAAGCGACGAUGAAAAUCGGGCAAUAUUCGACUUUGCCAAGGAAGAAGUCUUCUACCACGCUUUGAAUGACAAUCUUGAGAACCUCAGCAUCUCCAUGAAACCCGAUCGUGUGAUUGGGCUUCGUGCCCCAUCUUAUAUACCCCAGAAUGUGACUUUCUUCCCGGUCAAAGCAAGGCGGAUCCUCUUACCUUUUCUUGUAGUGGAAGCAAAAAAGGAGGAUGGCGUACCCGGUUUCCGAGCGAUUCAAUAUCAGACAGCUUUCCCCGUUCGACGGCUUUUGAAAGCUCAAAAUGAUCUCCUUGGUCGUGAAGUCUCUGCAGAGCCCUGCUUGGUGUGGUUCUUCGGGUACCAGGGCGAGCAAUGGCGGCUGCAUGCAGGCACGUAUAGGAAUGAUAGAAGAAUUUACGAUCUAUGGCAAGGCACGAUACAGUCUCAGGACGGCGCGCUGCAGCUACUGCUGAUUGUGGACUUCAUAUGGUCAUGGGCUAGAGAUAUAUAUCGUCCCACCGUAAGGAACCUCCUACUCGACAUGGUGAAAAGCUUUCGCGAUUCUUCUCCAGCCUCCACCGAUCGAUUCCGCCAGUCUGUUUCGCUGUCUUCCGCAGCAAGCCCUACACCCACGAACUUGGAUCUGGAAGUGAUGCAAGUCGAUGGUGUUGUGGCUGGCACCGACCACCGUUGUCCUCGAGCAUCUCAUCACAGGACUGAAACCGAGCACGCAUCUCAGGAAUCUCAAGAGCAAGGGCCCACAGCUAUUCAAGAUGCGGACUCUCAUGCUUUCCUCAAGUGGGCAGUUGGGCACCCACUCGCGCCUUCUUGGACUGAGAUUGGAAGCAUACGCCACGCAAACAUCGUCCAUUUCGAUUUCAAAUACCAUGUCUUCUGGAAGCCAGAGAUUGUUCAGGUCGAACAGGAAGACGUGGACUUUUGUUCGGUGUUUAAAUCUCUACAAUCGUCUGCUUUUCUCAUGUACCCAAGACAACUUCGCGAACUUGUGGCGCUUUGGACGACCAAGUCGAUACAGAUUCCAAGCCCUAAUGUUACGAAACCUACCCGAGCAAGCUUUUACUUCCACACCUAUUGCGAUCAAUCGACAUGGCAAAUAAAACGGGUGUUAAAUUGCGUGCUGUGGGGCGCGGCACCACGCACAGUAAAAAAUACGAGCGCCAUGGAACAAUUACCCGCCAUGAUAGGUGACGAUGACAUACCCGAGUUCUUCGCCUGGACAGACUUCAAAGACGCGUGUUCAGACGCCCAACAAAUCUACGGAAAAGAUUCCGUCUGGUAUGCUCUGCAAACUACCAGCAUGCUUCUUUUACCGGGCGAGGAAAGCCGUCGGCCCGAAUGGGUGUCAUUCGAGACGCUGAAUAUCCCCAAAACAGCAGCAUGGACGUUAAUGGAUAUUUCAAAACGCACCAACCUUGGCGGCGAAAUGGUCAUAGACAGCGUCAGUCUUUGCGGCGGUCUGUCGGAAGUGGAUCCAACUUCCGAGCGGCGCCUGCGGUCGACGAUUCCGGAUCUGGGACGAGACACGCGACAGGGAGAUUCUAUGAUUGCGGUUCGAUCGCCAUCGUGGCCGGCAACUUGUCCUCAGUUCUGCUUGUUCGUUCUGCUCAAGGAAGAUUAUGACGACAAGGACAUUCUCCACCGGCAUCUUGAAGAGGCUGUUGCGUUGAGUAAUUAUUAUGCCGAGGAGGGUUACGAGUUUAGCCGUUCAUGCUGGCGAUUACUUCAUAAUUGGCGUAGGGCUCUCAAGAUAGAGACGAUUUAG